CUCCUGCCUUCUCUCUGUCUACUCCACACAGGCACACAUACUGUCAGUGGAAAUCCAGCUGUAGCUCAAAGUAUUCGCGUCUCUUGGAAUGCUCAAGAUGAAUUUGCCUUUUUUUUUUUUUUAACUUAUUUCCAUUUCCAUCAUGUUUAUUAUUUCUUUUGAACCUCAUAAUGCUUUGUGAGAUCUGCCAUCAAGACGUCUGAGAAAGUAUGUGAAGUGAUGAAGAAGAGCAGAAGUUCUUCCACAGAGAUGAAGCACCUGCCUAUGACUCAUUUGAACGUAGGCAUUCAGACUAUGAUUAAUACCAUGAUGACAACAUCACUGUAGUCAUCUAGUUUUUUUGUGUCUAGUGUGUGUAAACUUUAAUCCAAUAUUCUGGAGAUAUGUCAAAUGGAGUGACAGGAUUCGCAGCAUACAUGGUCUCUGAGUGCUUAAUGCUUAAAUACUCUCUGCUGGGAGGCAAAAUCUGUGGAAUUUAAACAAGUUGUUAUGUAGACAUGACCACUGUGUCAGUGGAGUCACUGGUGGUAAUGGUUGAUAAAGUGCCAAAUGGAACUGAGACUCCAGUGGUAUCAUCUGCUGAAGAUGUGGCUGCAACAUUCACUAUUGGCACCAUCCUGUCCCUCAUGUGCCUUGUUGGCGUGUCAGGAAACAUCUACACCCUGGUGGUCAUGUGCCAUUCAAUGCGCUCUGCUGCCUCCAUGUAUAUAUACAUUGUCAACUUGGCAAUGGCUGAUCUCCUGUACUUGCUCACUAUUCCCUUUGUGGUGUGCACCCACUUUUUAAAGGGUUGGUACUUUGGUGAUGUGGGAUGCCGGACUCUCAUCAGUAUGGACUUCCUCACCAUGCAUGCAAGCAUUUUCACACUGACUGUAAUGAGUACAGAGCGUUAUUUUGCUGUUCUUAAGCCUUUGGAUACAGUCAAACGUUCUAAGAGCUACCGUAAGGCCAUUGCGAUUCUGGUGUGGACAGCAUCACUGAUUCUAACCCUUCCCAUGAUCAUUGAUGUAGAGCUAAAGACAGAAAAUUCCAAAGCAAUGUGUCAGACCACAUUAAGUCCUCUUUCUUACAAGAUUUAUAUCACAUCUCUUUUUUGCACCAGCAUUGUGGCACCAGGGGUCAUAAUCGGCUACCUCUACAUCUGCCUUGCCCGUGCUUACUGGAUCUCACAGACAGAGAACUUUAAGCAGACUCGGAAGCUGCCAAACCACAAAGUGCUAUAUCUUAUUUUUACAAUUGUGCUUCUCUUUUGGGCCUGCUUCCUUCCCUUCUGGAUCUGGCAGCUACUGGGCCAGUUCAAGCCAGAAAUGGUUCUUUCGACCAAGGCCAGGCGCAACAUCAACUAUCUUACCACCUGCCUGACCUAUAGCAACAGCUGCAUCAAUCCUUUCCUAUACACUCUUCUGACCAAGAACUACAAGGAGUAUCUUCGUAAGAGGCAAAGAACCUGGACGUCUGGAAGCUAUUUCAACAGGAGAAACCGCUUCCAACGGUCCCCUCGUCGCUCCCUGUCAUCCAGCAGCCAGCAGUGUACAGAGAGUUUUGUGCUCACACACACAUCACGUACCAACCACAGCAGUCUGUGAGCUCCAUCUUCAUCAUUUGAGAGGCUAACCUGGCCAUGACUCGGGGAGAGAGGAAGAGCCAGGAGCAGGACAAGACAACAGGCAUCUCCGUCCUCAAUAUGGAGGAAGCAAGGAAAGAAGAAAAGGAGUAAAAAGAGAAACAGAAGUUAAUGCCUAAAACAAUUUUAUCCCCAUUCCAUGCAUUUUGUAGUAAAACCUGAUAAUUAGUCAGGUUUGUCUAUCAAAUUCUGAUUUGGUGUGGAGUUUUAAUAUUUCUUUCUUCAAGUAAUUUAUUUUCACGCUUUACAUCGUUCAAAAUAAAUUUUUGUUCAUUGAUUCAGCAGUGUAUGGCAUAAAAUUAUAUUGCAGCUGACAUUCAGAAGACAGCAAAUGUGCCUAUGAAUUUGACGGCAAGCAAAAUUACAGCCAAGAAAAUUUGUCCAUCAUCUCCACCUCACUUAAAAGCAUCAAAUUGAUUAAAGCUUUUCUGUUUAACUGCAUGAGAUAAUUACUGACCCUUUUCAAACUCUCGAGUUAUAUCUAAUAGCUGCAGACUGAUAUGGAGAAGAGUGUACCACUUUCUUCUUCCUCACAUUGCUCUGAGACCCUUGUGAUGAGGCUGACAGGAGUUUGAUGUCUGUCCUGUGAGCUGACCUGAGAUCAUUAUUGUUCUGAUUACACCUUGGCUGAAACUCUUCUGAGAGGGACAUCAAGAUGACUGCUUGCUUUUUUAAAACUUUUUAAAUGGAUGAAUCAGGGUCCAAAUCAAGUCUGUGCAAUGACUGUCAACUACAGAUUACAGACUUGCUAGUAGGAACUAUUUAUUAUUAAUAAUAAUUAAAAAAAAAAAAGUCUCCUUUUCAACAUUUAUAUUUAAACUGUGUCAAAAUACGUGUUCAUACUACAGUUUCUGGUGUUCUGAUGUGUUGAGAUGUAAGUGUAAAAAAAUAAUAAGCAUGCACUCUUUAAUUCAGUGGAUUUGUCAUAUUUGCAAACGUCAUGAUUGGUGACAAACUCAUUGUUUACACAAAAAUCAGUGGCUUACCAUUGUCACACAAGAUGUAAAAGAUUCUACUAAGAAAGCUAGAUACAUUGCCCAUUUCCCUUUGAUACAUGGAUCAACCCUAGUAAGGGAGUAAAGAAAUUAAUUCCUCUAAGCCUUACAAGUAUUUCUUGUAUGUAAAAACAGAUAGUUGUCUAUUGAGAAAAGAAGGACUCCUCACUCCAAGAUUAAAUUCUUUCCUUAGCAGGCCUCCAAAAUAUCCAGAACAUAUGGGGAUUGUGUUUAUCAUCUAAAUUCUUGUGAAAACAUACACAUUUUUGCCUAAAGUUCCAUGCCUGCUUUGUGUACUAGGCUAAAUGAAACGUAUGUGCAAUGUAGAGAUUGUAAAUACUUUCUUUUCAUUACAGCUUUCUUUAAACAGGU